UAACGGAGGGGGAAUGGGUAGGUUAGUGCUGCCCGCUAUUUUGGAAGAGAAGAUUUUCUUCCGUUUGAACCAGUAAUACUGUACAGAAAUGCUAAUACAUCUGAUGGGGUAAAGAUAAAACAUUCGAAAAGAAAAGCAACAAUCUGGAUUCUAGAGGGCCGGAGUGAAUGUAGGGAUGCUCGAGCGUUGUCACAGCGACACAACUUGCUAGGACAUUGUGCACGCGCCCCGCCGAGAGGCAGCGUGAGCGAGCUAAAGAAGCAAUCGCACAAGCGCAGCAUCUUUUCGGUGCAUGGCUAUAACGGGUCGGAGGGGAAUCACGGAAAACCACCGCUAUUACCCAGAGAAGAAGCAGGCAAGCACCACCAUGAUUCAAAUCGUCCUCGCUAUUUAAACUGUCGUUUGAGCUAUCCUCUCCACCCGCAAAGGGCAAGCGGGGAUGUUUUUGGGGGGUUGAAAAUCAACCUGCUUGCAAAAUCACUGUUGCCAAUGUAUGUAGACGAGGAAUUAGACUAGAUAUAAUUUAGUUGUCAGCAAAUGAGUUAUAAAGAUAUAUAUAGAGACUCGUCAGAUGAAAAGCCAAAGCUGGAAGAAUGAUUCCAAAAUCAGUCUACAUGCCUUCAUCUCGUGUAUAAUGCGCCUCACGCAGCAAUAGGCUUUAUUUGUUGGUAGCCUUUUCCUUUCGUCGUUGUCUCCCUGUCCCUCAUCAGAAUGUGGUAGUCCGGUCAAUCUACCGGGAUUGAGCGGGUGUUGUCGGUAAACAGAACCAGUGAAGCUUUCUAAAACCGUCUCCUUCUCCAAAGGACUAUGCUUCAAUAUUUCCCCAUCUAGAGGAACGGCGUGACAGCGAUCUGGAAGUCAAAGAGGAUUCCUUUUGAAAACCCCCCUUGGAAUCUUGCUACCCUUUAUACCACAUAACAGGGUCCGUUUGUGACGGCGACAGUUGACCAGGAACUGUGACGGCAGACCUCGACCGCGAUGAGGACCGUACAGGAGGAUGGAACGUAACAGAGUUCUGAUCGUGGAACCGUUCUCGACAGCGACCGUAGAACACCAACACUGACCACAACCACGCCUUCUAAAGACCGCCCGGUCUCUCCCUAACCCCCAACCUCUCCCGCCCCCUGUAUUACACCGCACCACCCGCGCCACUCCACUCCUCAUCCACCCAUCCUCCUGUACUCCCUCCCUCGCUCCAGACCUCCACCCUUUCGGAGGGUCCACUUUUUCUUUCAUUAACACUCUCAACUACCCCUUCUCUCCUAUUCUCUUUCUAUUCCAUUUCCCUCCAAUAUUCUAUAUCUUCAUGAACAUUGAGUCCUCUUUGGAACCCUAACAUAGACGGACGAAUAUCGUUGAGUUGGAGGUGGAGUCUAUAGCUAUCAGUCAUGUAUCUUUUCCCUCUAUCCCUGUGUAAGCCAAAUAGGCGGGGUCUCAGCGUUAGUCCCCGCCCCCGCUGCAACAUGGCCGACACCUGUCUAGUCUGGCUGUUGGGCCUGGCUCUCCGCCUCUCUCUGACCUCCUGCCAGAAGAUAGACCCUGCCAACAAGCUGCCCACGGUGACCACCAACUAUGGCAAGCUGCGCGGGCUCAAAAAGGACCUGAACAACGAGAUCUUGGGGCCAGUGGAGCAGUACCUGGGCGUGCCCUACGCCACUGCGCCCAUCGGCGACCGCCGCUUUCAGCCACCCGAGGCUCCGGGCUCUUGGCAGGAGAUCCGCAACGCCACAGCAUUCGCCCCGGUAUGCCCGCAGAACGUGCAUGGCGUGCUGCCGGAGAUCAUGCUGCCGGUGUGGUUCACCGACAACCUGGAUGUGGCGGCCAGCUACAUCCAGAACCAGAGCGAGGACUGCCUCUACCUCAACGUCUACGUGCCCACCGAGGACGGUCCGCUCACAAAAAAACACCAUGAGUCUACAAUGAACAGACCGAGAGAUGAAGACAUCCGUGACCGCAGGAAGAAGCCGGUGAUGCUGUUCAUUCACGGCGGCUCCUACAUGGAAGGAACCGGAAACAUGUUUGACGCCAGCGUCCUCGCCGCCUACGGCAACGUCAUCGUGGUCUCUAUGAACUAUCGUCUGGGCGUGCUCGGUUUCCUGAGUACAGGGGACCAGUCAGCCAAGGGGAACUACGGUCUGUUGGACCAGAUCCAGGCUCUGCGUUGGCUCAAUGAGAACAUCGGCCAUUUUGGGGGCGACCCCGAGCGCAUCACCAUCUUCGGCUCUGGCGCCGGGGCAUCCUGCGUCAACCUCCUCAUCCUCUCGCACCACUCCGAGGGGUUGUUCCAGAGGGCCAUAGCCCAGAGUGGCUCAGCCAUCUCCAGCUGGUCGGUCAACUACCAGCCCCUCAAGUACACCAAGAUCCUAGCCCGGAAGGUAGGCUGCAGCCACUCAGAGACGGCAGAGUUGGUGGACUGCCUGAGGAAGAAGAACUUCAGGGAGCUGGUGGAUCAGGACAUCCAGCCGGCCCGCUACCACAUCGCCUUCGGACCCGUAGUGGACGGAGACGUGGUGCCGGACGACCCUGAGAUACUCAUGCAGCAGGGGGAGUUCCUGAACUAUGACAUCCUGAUUGGAGUGAACCAGGGAGAGGGGCUGAAGUUUGUAGAUGACAGUGAAGACAAUGAUGGGAUCUCAGCUGCAGCGUUCGACUACACCAUCUCUAACUUUGUGGACAAUCUCUAUGGAUAUCCUGAGGGUAAGGACAUCCUGAGAGAGACCAUUAAGUUCAUGUACACUGACUGGGCCGACCGUGACAACGGAGACAUGAGGAGAAAAACCCUCCUCGCCCUGUUCACGGACCACCAGUGGGUGGCGCCAGCGGUGGCCACGGCCAAACUGCACGCCGAGUUCCAGUCUCCCGUUUACUUCUACACCUUCUACCACCACUGUCAGACGGAGACACGGCCGGAGUGGGCGGACGCAGCCCACGGGGAUGAGAUCCCCUACGUGUUCGGGGUUCCCAUGAUCGGAGCCACCGACCUCUUCCCCUGCAACUUCUCUAAGAAUGAUGUCAUGCUCAGUGCUGUAGUCAUGACGUACUGGACAAACUUUGCUAAGACGGGGGACCCCAACCUGCCGGUGCCUCAGGACACCAAGUUCAUCCACACCAAGCCCAACCGCUUCGAGGAGGUCAUCUGGACCAAGUUCAACUCCAAGGACAAGCAGUACCUCCACAUCGGUCUGAAGCCCCGCGUCAGGGACAACUACCGAGCCAACAAGGUGGCCUUCUGGCUGGAGCUGGUCCCUCACCUACAUUCCCUCCAUGAUGAAUUCCCCCCCACCACCAGGCUACCUCCAGGCAGCACCCGCCCCCCCGGGGUCCCCUGGAAGCCCAAACCCCGCACCACAGGCCACCCCUACCCCACAUUCCCUGACCCCGUGGAGCCCUAUGGAUCAGAGCGGCCCAGACUGGACCUCUUCCCCGGUGACACACGGGAUUAUUCCACAGAGCUGUCGGUGACAGUGGCGGUGGGGGCGUCGCUACUCUUCCUCAACAUCCUGGCAUUCGCUGCGCUCUACUACAAGCGGGACAAGCGGCAGGAGAUGCGGCGCCACCGGCUCUCCCCGCAGCGCCACGGCGGGCCCUCCAACGACCUGGCGCACAGCCAGGAGGAAGAGAUCAUGUCCCUGCAGAUGAAGCACUCGGAGCAUGACCCGCACCACGACAUGGAGCCCCUCCGGCCCCACGACAUCCUGCGGCCCGCCUGCCCGCCCGACUAUACUCUGGCCCUGCGGAGGGCCCCGGACGAUGUGCCCCUCAUGACCCCCAACACCAUCACUAUGAUCCCCAGCACCAUCACCGGCAUGCAGCCCCUCCACCCCUUCAAUACCUUCCCCAGCACCGGCCACAACAACACCCUGCCCCACCCCCACUCCACCACACGCGUAUAGUAAAGCUAGAGCUCCCCCUGGGGGACCAGUGGACCAAGUACUACGCUCUCUGGCUCCCUCUAUAUGGAUAUCUCUCUCUCUCUCUUACUCUCUGUUUCUCCAACCGUCAGCCUGCUGCCCUGAUGCUGUGUACUUCCUACAGUGCCACCUGUUGAGGUUAAGUGGAAGUGCAGCUGAACUGCAGGGGCAGCAGAUGUUAAGGGGGGACAUUGAGACAUUUAGAAACUAUUUUGAUGGGGUCUCGUAUUCUCUGACUCUGACAGCCCCUAGACCUUGCCAGAGGACAAUCCUCUUACUGUGCUUUUCAUUUUGUUGAUUUUACAUCCUCCUUUUUAUCCGUUUCUGUGCUGUAAUAGGGUUGGAGAUAGUUUUUUGGGGUGUUGGGUAAAGUGACCUCUGAUAUAUUGGAAAACCUCUAUCUCUCUACUCAUGUCAUCUGCUUACUUGAUAUAGUGUUUUCUCUUUUCUACAUCCAUCUCGUUCCCUCUGUAGUUCUAAACCCCCCUCAAAUGAACCCCUCAGCCCACCCUUAGGAAUUGUUGGGAGUCUUUUUCAUACAAGGCGUACAGUACAUACAGUUAGCAUCUAUCAUGAAAAUAUUGAUAUUCUGAUAUCGUCUUUCUACCAGCAUUCUUGGUGCCAAGUACUGUGUUGUUUUCCCAUAGGAGGGAACUGAGAGAGAAUCAAGAGUGUGGAGCUGUAUCAAGAUAGCCUACUGACUGUGUUCAUGAAAAGUGCCAAUUUGGCCUAUCUUGUGUGCUUUUUUCUUUGAUUGUUUGAUUGUUGCUUUCAGUUCUUAUUUUUUUUUGUGGAAAGAAGUUUAAGUGUAUAGAUAUAUAGUUAUAUAUAAAUGUGUACAAAGAAGAAGAUAUAUAAAUGGCUUUCUCAGUGGGGGAUCUAUGCAUGAAUUAUUUUUUUAAAUGAUGAUGGGGGAAGGACACUGGAUAGUCAAUGUUUCCACACUUCUCCUGUUUUAAACCAUUUCUAUCUCUAUUUCAUAUGCUUUUUCUUCCUAUUUUAUUCUUCAAAAAACAAAAAAUGGAGGCAAUUAAAAAAAACUGCACGGA